GAUGAUGUAAUCUAGGAAGAUAAUGUUUUCGUCUUAAAUGAUAAUAACUUUAAUAAAUUUAUAUAAAAUAAAGACUUUGUUUUGGUUGAAUUUUAUGCUCCAUGGUGUGGACAUUGCAAAAUGUUAGCUCCUGAAUACUCUAAAGCAGCAGAAAAAAUACAUAAUCAAAUAAAUAAUAAUAUAUAUUUAUCAAAAGUUGAUGCAACAUAAAAUGAAAUACUUUCAAUUUAAUAUUAAAUAAAUGGAUUUCCAACGUUUAAAUUUUUUAUUAGGGGAAAUCCUAUAAAUUACACAGGAGGAAGAACAGAAAGUGAAAUUAUAAAUUGGGUUUAAAAUAAAUCAGGACCAAUUUCUACUUUAAUAAUAACCGAAAGUCAAUUGUAAGAAUUCAAACAAAAAAAUGAUAUUUUUUUAGUUUAUUUUGGUAAAUAUUAAAUUAUUUUUAUUUCAAGUUAAAUUAUUUAUAAAUAGGAAAUAACGAAAACGACAAAAGUUUCAAUGAUUUUAAGGAAGUUGCGAUGUAAACAUAAGAUAUAAGAUUUGGUCAUAUAUUUGAUAAAAAAAUUAGACUAUAAGAAUGCUCAAAGACAGAAAAAAAAUAAGUAGAUGAGGAUUAAGAAAAUUUAUUAAUUAUAAUGUAUAAAAAAUAAGAUGGAGAGUUCAACAAAAUAUUUUUUGAAGAUUAAUAAUUCAAAGCUCAUUAAUUAUAAUAAUUUAUUUAAAAAAAUGAAUUACCUUUAAUUAUGGGCUUUAACGAAAAAGCAGUAGAAGUUAUAUACAAAAGAAACAAAGAUGCAGUUAUUUUAGUUUGUUGGAUAAACUGCGAAAAAGAAGAAGAAGUACUCAAAUAAUUAGCAAAAAGAAAAGAUAAAGAAUUUAAUAUUCAAUUCAUGAUUAGUAAAAUUGACGAUGGGUUUGAUUAUUUUGAAAGAUUAAUUGAUUUUGUUGGAUUAUAAUAAUAAGAGUAACAUUAGAUUGUCUAUGCUCAUCCAAUUGGUAAAGGUGAAGAGUUAAUAAGAUAUAUCUUAAGUUAAUAAAUUAUUAAUCAAGAAAUCAUAAUAGAGUUUAUUGAAGGCGUUCAAACAGGAAAAAUAGUUCCUUUUUAUAAAAGUUAACCAAUCCCGGAUGAAGAUGCUAAUGAUAUUAUUAAAGUUAUUGUCGGAUAAAAUUUCAAAUAAAAAAUAAUUGAUAAUUAAAAUGAUUUUUUAGUCUUAUUUUAUGCUUCUUGGUGUGGAAAAUCUAAAGAAUUCGAACCUAAAUAUCAAUAAUUAGCAAAAUUAUUAAAACCAAAUAAAAAUCUUACUUUGACAAAAAUUGAAGGAAGCGAAAAUGAUAUUCCCGAAAUAUAUUAUAAAGGUUUUCCUACGCUUUUUGUAUUUUAAAGUUUGAAUAAAUAAUAACCUUUUAUAUAUGAAGGAAAAAUGGAAGUUGAUGAAAUUCUUAAUUGGCUCAAAGAAAAAAUUAAUUAUCAAUUAAUUUUAUAAAAAGAAGAAUUUUGAUUUUUUAAACAACUUAAAUCUUCAUUAUUUUAUUAUAUGAAAAUAAAAAGAUUAUUUAAUGUAAUAAU